AUGUCCACAGGCAACAACGGACCGGGCAACGAACCUGGCAACGAGAACCCCACCGCUAAAGAGAUGAUCCAAGCCUGCAACCUUAAAGCUCAGAUUAAGAUCCAGGCUCUAACACACAAGAUCACGUCUUACACCGACAUCUUGAGGAUAUUCAAUGGGGAAAUGCUCGCAGACCUCUCUGAUACCGCAAAUAUCAUCGUUACCGAGACAAUUCGCGCCGUUGCCGUGCCUGAUGGUGGACACAUAACAGACCUGUGGAGGGCUCAUGACGAACUCAGAGACAUUGUGCUGGCAAUGGCUGAAGUCGUCGAAGCGUUUCGGGAGGAUCGACGGGUUUUUGACAUCGUUGAACUGGUACAAAACGCAUACAAAUUUCGCCUCCCGAACGUGACCUACACCGGAGUAUGGGCGAUCAACAUGGAAGGUAAACCGUCGAACACAGCCCCUGGGCCGGGAUCACGACCUCAAACAUUUACCGAAGCACAGAUGAAAGCUAUGGAGCAACGGGUGGCCCAAGCAUCGGCAAUAUUGCCGAUGGAGAUUCGUUCGGAUGCAACGGUGAAGUUUCUUGGCCGUUUGGCGAUGGAGAAGCUAGGCGGGGACAUCACUGUGGACAUCGACUCCUACAUGCAACGCACGAAGGCCAAGUACGACCGAUUGAGAGCAGACCAGGAGGCCCAGUUGGCAACCAACAGAGUAUUGGGACAUUCUUCAGCGACCAUUUCGACAGCUGAAUACCCUGUCAUGACCGGCUGGGAUAGCUUCAACGAUGCCCAAAUCAGAACCGAUUCGGAUGGCUUCAACGACAAUCUAGAUCCCCAACUUCAAAAUUGA